GCGGCGUCUAACCUAAAAUUAGGCGCGCAGUGUUGUUUUUUGUCGGCCGAAUUUAUUGCAAAUUGUAGACAAUUUCGCAAGGCGGCGCAAUAUAUUGUUGAUUUGUUAAGUUAUUUGUGCAGUAGAACCGCAGAAUGACGGAAUCGCUGGAGUACAAUGACAUAAACGCCGAAGUGCGCGGUGUCUUGUCUUCCGGACGCUUGAAGCUGACCGACCAGAACAUCAUCUUCAAGAACACCAAGACCGGCAAGGUGGAGCAGAUCUCGGCGGACGACAUAGACCUCAUCAACUCGCAGAAGUUUGUGGGCACCUGGGGACUGAGGGUGUUCACCAAGAGCGGGCUGCUGCACCGCUUCUCGGGUUUCCGCGACAGCGAGAACGAGAAGCUGGGCAAGUUCAUCAAGGAGGCCUACUCGCAGGACAUGGUCGAGAAGGAGAUGUGCGUGAAGGGCUGGAACUGGGGCACCGCCCGCUUCAUGGGCUCCGUGCUGAGCUUCGACAAGGAUUCGAAGACCAUCUUCGAGGUGCCGCUGUCUCACGUUUCGCAGUGUGUCACCGGCAAGAACGAGGUCACCUUGGAGUUCCAUCAGAACGACGACGCGCCCGUCGGCCUGCUCGAGAUGCGCUUUCACAUUCCGGCCGUGGAGUCGGCCGAGGAGGAUCCGGUGGACAAGUUCCAUCAGAACGUGAUGAGCAAGGCCUCGGUCAUCUCGGCUUCGGGCGAGUCCAUUGCCAUAUUCAGGGAGAUCCAGAUCCUCACGCCUCGCGGUCGCUACGACAUCAAGAUCUUCUCCACCUUCUUUCAGCUGCACGGCAAGACGUUCGACUACAAAAUACCCAUGGACUCGGUGCUGCGGCUCUUCAUGCUGCCGCACAAGGACAGCCGGCAGAUGUUCUUCGUGCUCUCCCUGGAUCCGCCCAUCAAGCAGGGCCAGACGCGCUACCACUACCUGGUCCUGCUGUUCGCCCCCGACGAGGAGACCACCAUCGAGCUGCCCUUCUCGGAGGCCGAGCUGCGCGACAAGUACGAGGGCAAGCUGGAGAAGGAGAUCUCGGGGCCCGUCUACGAGGUCAUGGGCAAGGUGAUGAAGGUGCUCAUCGGGCGGAAGAUCACAGGGCCCGGCAACUUCAUCGGGCACUCCGGCACGGCGGCCGUGGGCUGCUCCUUCAAGGCCGCCGCCGGAUACCUGUAUCCGCUGGAGCGGGGAUUCAUCUAUAUCCACAAGCCACCACUGCAUAUCCGCUUCGAGGAGAUCAGUUCGGUGAACUUUGCCCGCAGCGGCGGCUCCACGCGCUCGUUCGACUUCGAGGUGACGCUCAAGAACGGCACCGUCCACAUUUUCUCCUCCAUCGAGAAGGAGGAGUACGCCAAGCUCUUCGACUUCAUCACGCAGAAGAAGUUGCAUGUCAGCAACAUGGGCAAGGACAAGAGCGGCUACAAGGACGUUGACUUCGGCGACUCGGACAACGAGAACGAGCCGGAUGCCUAUUUGGCCCGCCUCAAGGCAGAGGCCCGCGAAAAGGAGGAGGACGACGACGAUGGCGACGAUUCGGACGAGGAGUCCACCGAUGAGGACUUCAAGCCCAACGAGAACGAGUCCGAUGUGGCCGAGGAGUACGACAGCAAUGUUGAGAGCGAUUCGGACGACGACAGCGAUGCCAGUGGAGGCGGAGAUGGCGACAGCGAUGGCGCCAAAAAGAAGAAGGAGAAGAAGGCCGAGAAAAAGGAGAAAAAGGAGAGAAAGCACAAGGAGAAGGAGCGAACAAAAAAAGCCAGCAAGAAGAACAAAGACACCGGCAAACCCAAACGGGCCACCACUGCCUUCAUGCUCUGGCUGAACGACACGCGCGAGAGCAUCAAGAAGGAUAAUCCGGGCAUUAAGGUCACCGAGAUCGCCAAGAAGGGCGGCGAGAUGUGGAAGGAGCUGAAGGACAAGUCCAAGUGGGAGGAGGCGGCGGCCAAGGACAAGCAGCGCUACCAAGACGAGAUGCGCAACUACAAGCCGGGAGCCGGCGAUGGCAGCGACAACGAGAAGGCUGCCAAGACGGCCAAGAAACGCAAAUCGGAGCCAUCGCCGACCAAGAAGGCAAACACCUCCGGCAGCGGCUUCAAGAGCAAGGAGUACAUUUCCGACGAUGAUUCCACCAGCUCCGACGACGAGAAGGGCAAAUCCAAGGGCAAAGAGCCCGCCGGCAAGAAAACUAAACCAGGAUCCGAUGGCGAUGACAAAAAGAAGAAGGCCAAGAGUGAAAGCGAAGCGGAGGAGAGCGAGGAGGCUAGCAAUGCUAGCGAUGAGAAUGAUGAUGAUGAGGAGGACGAGGAAGUGGAGGCCAGUGAUUAGGGCCAAAAAACACAACGCAACACAACGUAAUUCCAUUAACACACGCCUCACACACCCAUACCCCAAAUCUAGUUUACAUAUGCCUAGUUUUAGUUACGUGCUGCCUGUUGGAUACAGACCCAUAAGAGUUUAUUUUCCAAUCAAAACCCAGCAACAAAUUAAAAAGAAUUGAUAAUUGCCCAUAA